UCGAAACAUCUUCGAGUUAUACGCUCUCUUUUCAGGAUACUAUACAACUUUUACAACAUCUGAAAGAAAGUUUACAUGGGAGUUGUUUACAUCCUGUAAAAUUCAAUUACUGUAGUCCAAGCUUCUAUUGAUAAAGAUCAAGAUGGAUACGUCGUACUCGAACAUAAGAAAAUUAAGAAAAAAAUUGAGACAAAUCGAACAUUUAGAAGAGAUAGAACGUGUCCUUACAGAUGAAGAAGUUUCAAAGUGUAUGAAAAAGGAGUCCAUAAGAGAAGAACUACUGGAGCUACUUCUAGCUUAUAAUUCACAAAAAUCUGCUGAUGGAACUGAGACAGAUAUUGACUCUAGUGUAGCAACAAGUGUUGACAUUUCAGCACCAGUGCUAGAGAUAACUGUUAAAGACAGUUGUACUACAGAAAAUCAAGCCACUGACUUCUCCAUGCAACUACGGACAGAAAAUAUAAAUAACUCGAGCGAAUCUCAAAGAAAAGAAGAACAAUUACCAGUGAAAUGGUCAGCUUCAACUGAAAAUCCGGCACAAGAGAACAAAGGUUGUGUGUUUGAGAAUGAGGUGCAAAAGUCGGAAUCUAGUACAUCCAGAGCAAAACGUAGAACAAGUAAUACUCCAUCACUAACAAACAAAGAUGAUAAAGAUACAAGUAUUAGAGUGGAGUGGAGCAGUAGAAAAUUUCUGGUGUCAGUAUUGGAGUCUCACAACGAUCUUAUAACUGCUGUAGACUGUUGUGAUGGCCUGCUUGUCUCUGCUAGUCGAGACACAACAGUGAAAGUAUGGGACAUUGAGACAUUAUCAGAACUGCGUAGUUUAGGAAGUCAUACUGGAUGUGUUACUGAUGUUAUUGUAUUACCUGGCGAUGUUGCUGCAAAACUAGAUACAUCAAUCAUAAUAUCUGAGGAUAAUUAUCUGAUACUGAGUGGAUCUACAGACUGCUGCCUUAAUGUUUGGUUAGCCAAAACAGGAGAGUUGUUGAAGUCAGUGUAUAUCUACAACCCUAUUACCAAGGUAGCCUUCUAUCCUGAUUUGUCACUAGUUGUCACAGCUUCAGAUGGAGGUAAGCUGGAAUUAUGGGACAUCAAUGCCAAAGUUAAUGUUUGUUCUGAAACAGCUCAUUCUGAUUCCAUCACAGGACUCUGUGUAUCAGAUGGUAGAAUUUAUACAUCUUGUGCAGUAGAUGGUGAGAUCAAAGUGUUUGAAGUCAGAGACAACAAGCUGCACUGUAUCUAUGCAUCAGAGACGCUUCACAACAUUGCUGGGGACAGCCUCACUAUGAGACAUGUAAGAUCACUGAGUGUCAGGGGAGAAAAUAUUUAUUAUGGUGAUGAUGGAGUUAAUCUCAAAUCACUCAUUUGGAAAAAAGGACUAGUAAAAAAGUUAGCCAAUCACAAAGAAGAGUUUGGAAUGACAGAUGCUAUAUAUUGCCAUGGUAACUUGAUGAUGACCUCAGCAUAUGACCUUGACAAUGGGCAUGGAUAUAUUAACGUGUUUGAUGUAUCUGCUGAACCCAACUAUGUAACAACCCUAGACUGUGAGGAGACUAGGAGGAUAUUAGAUAUUUGCUGCAAUAGACACAAAAAUGGAAAUAUUACCAUAGUAACAGCUGGGUUAGAUUUACAAGUCUGGAAACAGGUUUCAACAGGAAGGAAUAAUGAAGAGAGCAUUAGGACAAAGUUUAUACAGAGUCUUUCUCAGCCAACACACGAUUCAGACAUAGAAUCUGAUGUGGAUUUCACAGACAGCGAGAGUGAGGGAGGUAGUAGGCAGGGCUCACGUCGCGCAAGUGCUCAAUCUCAAAGAAAAAGUUGGAUGCCUUGGUGCACACUGACUUGAAACUUUGUCAAUGAAUGCAAAUUGUGAAAAACAUCUAUAUGCUAUAAACUAUGAAAUUGAAUAUGAUUAUUUAAGAAAUAAUAAGUUCCAUAUCGUGGUUUAUCAUAGAAUAACCCGUGUUUUGAGUUCUUAUGCGUAAGAAUAUAUCAGGAAGGCCGUAGGCCUGAGUGAUAUAUUGUUUCGCAUAAGAACAAAAAACUUGGGUUAUUCUACGAUAAAUCACACUUGGGAACUUGUUAUUUCGAUUCUAACACGACAUACUAGUAUCAACAGUGUUAGAAAAAUGGCAAGUACUUUUUACGACCAUGCUACGCACCUGGAUCGGAUGACGUCACUGCAAAUAACCGUUGACUGACGUUCUUUUAUGUGUAUAUAGGUUAUUUGCUGGUCGUGUUAAAAUAAAUGAUAGUUGUAUAAUGAUGGUGAAAUACAGAAGUACUAAGGAAGCUCUGAUGUACUUAUUUAACACUUGUCAUGUUAUAAUGAGAAUUAUUGACUGUUUCAGACAGCUCAACUAAAGCGUGUAAAGAAAGUUUGUUCCAGUUGAGCAAAUGACCAUAAUAUUAUUUUACUCAGAUGUAAAAAGAAAACAAUAAAGGUUCAUACAGACUACUGA